CCUUCUUCAGCGUCCCGCCGCUGUCGCUGCACUCGUCCAAAACAUUGUCGGACAUGGAAGCCCUGACAGACUAAACUCGGGAUUAAAUAUAUUCGUCACAUUACCUUGUAUUGACUGGAAGGUUUGCACGAUCAACGCCUCCGCUGCUGUGUUGCUGGACAAAUAAAACCUGUGUUCAUUGAAAAAGGUACGCUCCUGGUGAGACUUUGCAAACAUGCGGCGUUCAGAGUUUCCUCUUAAAGUCCUGUGGCUGCUUUUCUGGCAGGCUGCUGCUGGUAGUUGGAGUCAGGCGAACAUAACCAGCAUGCUGGCACCGCAGGCGAACCGGGUCAUGGUGCUCGGAGAAUGGGAGGAACGCUGGCAGGAGGACAGGAUUGGCUUCCAUCAGCCUCAAGUACACAAGAUGCUGGAGAACAAUAUUGAUAAAGUUGUUGCCGGGCGGACUGGAGUUCGCUUCUUCUUCCCUCUUUGUGGGAAAGCUGUUGAUAUGAAGUGGCUAGCAGACAUGGGCCACUCAGUGGUCGGGGUGGAGAUAUCUGAAAAGGCUGUGAAACAGUUCUUUGAGGAGAACAAUUUGACCUACACGGAGGAGCCCGUCCCUGCCAUACCUGGAGCAAAGGUUUACAAGAGCUCAGAGAGAAAUAUCUCUUUAUAUCAAUGUGACCUGUACAACUUCUCCAGUUCCAUUGAGGGUCAGUUCGGGGCCAUUUGGGACAGGGGCUCUCUGGUGGCCAUCAACCCAAAAGACAGAGAAAAAUAUGCUGCUCUCAUUACUUCUCUCAUGGCCAAAGACUGCAGAUACCUUUUGGACACCUUGUUGUACAAUCCUGAGUUAUAUCCAGGUCCUCCUUUCUUUGUGCCUGAUGAGCAGGUACAAAGCCUAUUUGGGACCAGCUGUGAUAUUGAACUGCUGCAGUCUGUGGAUGCCCUGACAGACAGACAGCGAGGCUGGGGGCUGGACUCUCUCAUUGAAAAUGUACACCUUGUCACUCUAAAGGACAUUUAAAAACAAACUUGCAAAUUUAGAGAGCUUAGAAAAGCAGAUCCUGAGUAUUUUAUUGUUACGGAGCCCCUAAAUUGUCAUGAAGAAAAAAAAAACUAUAUCUUGCGCACAAGAUAUGAAAACGUGCGCAUGUUUAAGCUAAAUUGUGCGCUCGAGAUACAAUUAUUUCCCCCACUUUGACUUGUCCGUGCAUACGGCUCUCGGUAGUGACCACUUCAGAUGUUCGCAGUAACACACGUGGUACAAUGGAGAGAAGAACUCAGCUAAUUUACUUUUAUUUUCACCUCGGAAUGUCAUAUAAUACAUAUAAUGACAUUCUUGUUGCUGUUGCCCGGAGACAUAGGAUAAUCAUCUGGAGGAGUACUUUGCUGCCCAUACUGAAGAACAAUAGGCUCAGCCGACGGAAGGAAUAUGCAGAGUUUAGGCCGUGUCAUUGACUUUAUCCAGGAACAAUUACAGGGUCCGGGGAAGAUGCAUUGGAUAUCGAUGGAUGUUUACUAAGUGCAAAGAAAAUGGCCUAAAAGUUAAAAAAGAAGAAGUAAGAGUCAUAUUGGCCGAGCUGGAUCCAGAGGGGUCAGCAUCAAGAGAGCAACGGAGACUUCUUAGAAGAUAGUACUUUGCACACGUUUUAUUAUCUCGUGUGCCCGUUUUAGUAUUUCGUGCGCACAUUUUAAUAUCUCGUUUGACAUUUUAGUAUCUCGUGCGCACGAUAUAGUUUUUUUUUCUUCAUGACACUUUAGGGGCUCCGUAUAUAGUUCACGCAGGAUAUAGGCAAUUUUUGCCUAUACCUGUUUUUCUAAUGCUUAGAUAUCCAAUUGAUUCUGUUCCAUAAAACCUCUAAGAAGUGUAAUUUACAAAGUUGUAGAUGACUGUCAAAAUAAAAUACUUUUUGUAACAAGA